AUGGACGCGGCAACUAUCAAAGAAAUAAACAAGACCCGUAUUGCGGCGGGCAUGCAGCCUUUGCCUGUACCAGGUGAAAGCGGUCCGCAAUUCAAGGAGAAGACAGCCUCGGACGACGAUGGCGAAGAGCCAGCCAGCACUCUUGAUACACGAGAGGCAGCCGCCGAAGACAACUACAGGAAAGUCAGAGACGCCGAAGAGGCUAAAAGACGACGAGAUGAGAAGAAUGCGGCAAUCAGAAAGGCCAGGGACGCUGCAAAACGCCUCGAGCUCCUCCAGGGUAAAGGUCUGGGCGACGCUGACAACGGAGACGAUCUUGACGCCAAGGCAUGGUUACUGAGCCAAAAGAAGCGACAAAAACAAAUAGACAAGGCCCGCAAAUACGAAGCGGAACAAGCUGCUGCUGAGGCCGAAGAGGCUGCUAAGCGCGAGUACACGUCCAAGGACCUUGCUGGGGUCAAGGUUACGCACGAGAUCUCAGCGUUCGAGGACGGCGACGAGCAAAUUCUCACCUUGAAGGAUUCCAACAUCAUUGGCGAUGACGACGAAGGUGACGAACUCGAGAACUUGGAUCUGCGUGACCGCGAAAAACUACAAGAAAAGCUUGAGCUCAAGAAGAAGAAACCAGUCUACGACCCUCACGCUAUCAACGAAGAUGGAGAAAGCAGCAUUUUGGCACACUAUGAUGACGAGAUCAACGGCAAGAAGACUAAGAAGUUCGUCCUCGGUGAACAAAGCACAGGAAGACAUACUCAGCUCGAUAAUCUAGCUGGAGGGCCACAAAAUCGCAAACUAGAGAAAAUCAGCCUCGACUUGUUUAAAGACGAGCAGCCUUCUUCCGAUUACCUCGAUAUUUCCGAGAUCAAGGUCAAAAAGCCAAAGAAGAAAAAGUCCAAGUCAACCAGGCAACGCCAGGCUGACGAUGAUGAUAUACUGCUACCUGACACAACUUUACAGGACGAGUCUAUGGAGGUUGACUCUGGCGCUGAGUUCAUCAGCAGGAAACGUAAGACUGAAGAUACAUCUUUCGCGGAUGAUGAGGACCUCCAAGCAACUCUAGCUAUCCAGAGGCGAGACGCUCUCAAGAAGCGGAAACGGACACGCCCUGAGGACAUUGCUCGUCAAUUCAAGGAGGAAUCGAAGGCGUCAGAGUCUGAAGCCGGUACAUCAGACGCUCCCGACGGUGGCCUGGUAAUUGACGAGAUUUCUGAAUUUGUUUCAGGUCUCAAGAAGGAAGACCUGGAAGACCGCAAGCCUCGCACCUCGAAGACGCCCAAUCGAGAAGUUACCACUGCCAUGGAGGAUGGUUCUGAUUCUGAUGAGCACAUGAAAGACGUGGAUGAAGUUGACCACGAAGCGCGCCAUCGCGAAACCUCAACUCCAGCUGAAAUUGGCACUACGGGCGUAGAAGAGGAGAAGGCAAUUGGAGUAGGCGUUGGAGCCGCAUUGCAGCUACUACGUGAACGCAAGGUUCUUAAAGAUACCGGUGCCGAUGAGCUAAACGAAAGUUUCCGUCGCCAACAGAACUUCCUGGCUGAAAAGCGAAAACGAGAGGCUGCCGUCGAUCAGCAGGCUCGUGAUGCGCGAGAGCGUGAUCGUACUAGCGGUAAGCUUGACAGGAUGUCGGCGCGCGAAAGAGAAGAUUGGCAGCGCCGACAGAACGAAAUGCGCGAUCAACAGACGUCUCGGCAAAUGGCGGAUCUUUUCAACCGGGACUACAAGCCAAACGUCCAGCUCAAAUACACGGAUGAACACGGUCGGUCGCUUGACCAGAAGGGCGCGUUCCGUCAACUUUCACAUCAAUUCCACGGCAAGGGCAGCUCGAAGGGCAAGCUGGACAAACAGCUGAAGAAGAUCGAGGACGAGAAACGUCGCGAAUCCCAGAGCAUAUUGGACUCCAGUCAAAACGCCAAUAUGAGUUCGGCAACCGCUCAGCAAACGAAGAAGCGAAGGGAGGCCGGUGUUCGUUUGGCCUAG